GCAUUAAAGCGGCUGAGCGUAGUCUGACCGACGCAGCAAAAGAGGCCAGAAAAUUAUUAUUGUCAGCUAAAAAAGAUGCUGAUCAAGCUGAUACAGAGGUGGAAGGACAGCUUUAUGGGGCAGGCAUCGUAGACUAAAGACGAUCGCCAGUACAUUGCAAACUUUGAUGAACGAACAACUCAAAGUUACAAUCUUGAAGCACGAAUGACUGUAACAAUGGCGUUAAAACCACAAGUAAAUAAGGAACUUGAAGAAAAAUCGAAAUUUAAUAGAUCAAUAGUAUGGCGUAAUGUAAUUAUUUUAUCGUUGCUACAUCUUGGUGCCCUGGGUGGACUUUACCUCUCAUUUACAUCGGCGAAAUAUAUGACUAUUUUUUUCGCAAUUUUUUUAUACGAAUUUAGUCUUUUGGGAAUCUCAGCUGGGGCUCAUCGACUUUGGUCCCAUCGAUCCUACAAAGCCAAGUGGCCUCUCCAAUUGCUGCUAGCAUUCAUGAGUACUGUAGCUUUUCAGGAUUCCGUGAUUGUAUGGGCCAGGGACCACAGGGUCCACCAUAAAUUUAGCGAUACUGACGCCGACCCACAUAACCCCAACGUCGGAUUCUUUUUUUCGCAUAUAGGCUGGCUGCUUUGUAAAAAACAUCCCGAUGUCACGAAAAAGGGGAAAGGCAUUGAUAUGUCUGAUCUAGAGAGCAAUGCAAUACUAGCUUUUCAAAAAAAAUAUUAUACGAUCUUGGUGAUAUUGCUCUGCUUUGUUUUGCCAACCGUUAUCCCGGUCGUAUUUUGGGAAGAAACAUGGCUAAACGCCUACUUAAUCCCCGGCGUUCUUCGUCAUAUUUUGCUACUAAAUGUAGCUUUAAUGAUUAAUUCAGUAGGCCACAGAUAUGGUUAUAAACCAUAUGACAAAUAUAUAAAUCCAGCAGAUAAUCUAAUUUUUUCUAUAUUUUCCUCGGGGGAAGGAUGGCACAAUUAUCAUCACGUCUUCCCUUGGGAUUAUAGAUCCCGUGAAUUAAAAAAUUUAAUUAAUUUAACAAAAAUAUUCAUUGAUUUCUUUGCAACAAUUGGUUGGGCAUACGAUUUAAAGUAUGCAUCAGAUGAAACAAUAAAAAAACGUAUGAAGAGAACGGGUGAACAGUAUAAUUAUAAUUAA